CUCUUAAUUACCGCAGACGGAGAAGAGGUCACAUCAAGCUGCAGGCGACGACGUGACGGCGGAGCAAAGAAACGUUGUAGAAAGAUUCCAAUACCAAGCACAGGAAAGGAAGAGUGUGCUGCAGUCAAGGCUUCAGAGACUGACCGACAAUGGGGAAUCAACUGACCGAGAUGUCCCCCAACACACCCCGCCUACCAAACCUCAAGCCUGUACACAUAGUGGUGCUUGGCCUCGAUGCUGCAGGGAAGACCUCCUUGCUCUACCGUCUCAAACUGCGUGAAUUUGUGGAGACCAUCCCAACCAAAGGCUUCAACAUGGAGCGCGUCAAAGUGUCCGUAGCAGCUGGCAGCUCCAGGACCACGACCUUCCAGGUGUGGGACAUCGGCGGGCAAGAGAAACUCCGACCGCUUUGGAAAUCGUACACACGUCGGACUGACGGCGUGGUGUUUGUGGUGGACUCCAAUGAAACGGAGCGCCUGGAGGAGGCCAAAGCUGAGCUCCAGAAGGUCUGCAGGGUGCCAGAGAACCAGGGCGUGCCCGUCCUGGUCCUGGCCAACAAGCAGGACCUCCCCCAGGCAAUGAACGAACAGGAGGUGGAGAAGGCCCUGGGUCUGCACGAACUGAGCAACUCCACGCCGCACCACACGCAGGGCUGCAGUGCGGUGGACGGCCAGGGUCUCCAGACAGGCUUGGAGAGGCUUUACGAAAUGAUCCUCAAGAGAAAAAAGACCAACAGGGGCAGUAGUAAGAGAAGAUGACCUGUUAAACUUUCCCUCCCCUUGGGAGGAGUGACCAGACAAAGAAAAUAGCAUCGCAAGAGGAAAAGGCCCGUCCAAUGUAAGCUCAGUCAGUCGACGUAGCUUGGAUUCAAUGGGGAAUCCAGCCGAUGCCAAAGGUGAAAAGGUGCAGACAUGUUUGCUUUAGUGUGGGACUGGAUCCCCACCAGACGAACUGAACUGCCACACUGAAGCGGGCCUCAGUUCUAGUGACUGGACUUCUGUUGAACCAGUCAGUCACUGAUCAUGUUGCCAAAGUGGUUACGAAGUACAAAGAACUCUUUUAUUUAGUGUUCCGCUGCACUGUAAUUGACUGUUCUGUGGUGUGGUGUUGGCUUGGCAUAUAAAAAGAGCAGGAAAAUGAUGGGUUACACGAUUGUAAUGGGAGAGGAACACUAGUCAAAGAUUUGAAGCCAAGACCUAUGAUUGAACUGUUUCACUAUGAAGAUGUGGACUUCAGUAUUUGAGCUGUGCUCAAGCUUUUUUUUUUUAUUAUUAUUAUUGAGGACAAUCAUGUACCUCUGCAUUUUUUUCUGUAUCAAAAUAAAUUAUUGAAGUUUUUAAAAAUGA